GAACGAGUGAAGGACACCGUUUAGAGGAGGGACAGCCCACUCAGCGUGGACUGCUGGCCCGGGCCGUGUCAUUCCCACUCACGUCGCUGUCGUGUGAGAAGCUCGUCACAUCUUCCGAUGCUACUUGUCAACUUUUCGUUGGAGUUUUCUAACUUUUUUUUCCUCCUGCUUACAGGUAGGCUCGCAUCGCCCCCUUGUGUGCAAUCCAGGAAGUGAAAAAAUGUGAAAGAUUCUCAAACCCGCAGGAAAUCCUAUUGGACCGCAGCAAAGGAAACACUUGCAUGCCAUAGUUGGACUCAUUUUUCCCCCCAUUAUAAAAUUCUUUACAAAGAGGAAAACAAUGCAGCACCAGAAGACUAUAUAACCCAGCCCACAUCUGAGGAUUUAAUUUCCAGACUAGUACCAUGUCAACAGAUUCUAUCCACGUUGCUUACGCUGUGGCAACUCCAUCCGAGAUGGGCUUCUCCCCGUCAACAGGAAACCUGCUUCGGAUGUUUCGGGAGUACCAGAGUAAUGCGGUCAUCCUCGAGCACUACAACUUCACAGGCAAGCUGAAGGAGAACAAAUACAAGGAAGGACUCAAACCGGAGGCCAUUGCCUUUCUGCUGGUCUGCCUGCUUAUCAUUCUAGAAAAUGCCGUGGUGCUCGUGGCCAUCUGGAAGAACAAGAAGUUCCAUGUGCCCAUGUAUUAUUUACUGGGUAACCUGACUCUGUCCGACAUGUUGGCAGGUUUCGCCUACAUGGUCAACCUCAUGACGUCUGGUGCCAACACAUUAAGCAUGACCCCCGUGUUGUGGUUCCUAAGGGAAGGGGGCGUGUUCAUCAUGCUGGCGGCAUCCGUCGUCAGUCUCCUGGCCAUCGCCAUCGAGCGCCACGUUACCAUGGUGAGGAUGAAGCCGUACCAGGGCGACAAGCAGGGCCGAAUGUUCGCCCUGAUCGGGGCGAGCUGGGUGCUGUCCGUGCUGCUGGGCGUCCUGCCCGUUCUGGGUUGGAACUGUAUGGGUCAGCUGGACCAGUGCUCUACCGUCCUGCCGCUCUACGCCAAGAGUUACAUCCUCUUCUGCGUCACCGUCUUCAUCGCCAUCCUCAUGUCCAUUGUGGUUCUCUACGUGCGCAUCUUCCGCAUCGUUAAGUCCAACACCCAGAGACUGGGCUCAGGCCCGCAAAGAAAAGGCCUGUGCCGGAAGUCCCAAAAGUACAUGGCCCUGCUCAAGACCGUCACCAUAGUCCUGGGAGUCUUCAUCGCAUGCUGGCUGCCGCUCUUCAUCUUGCUGUUGCUCGACUUCUUCUGCCCGACCAAACAGUGUCAAGUGCUCUUCAAGGCUGACUAUUUCCUGGGCAUCGCCAUGUUCAACUCCCUUCUCAAUCCCAUCAUCUACACUCUGACCAGCAAGGACAUGAGGAGAGCCAUCCUCAGGCUGCUCUGCAGUCGCUGCCUUCUAACCAAAGACGGACAAGUGAAGAAGAUCGGGAUGCCCUUCUUGGAAUGCAGCACCAGUAAGACGGACGCUGCUGCUUCUCACAGACUGGAGGGAGUGGAGACCACCGUGUCUUCUGGGAAUUUUACACCUUCAACGAUAAAAGCCAUCUUCCCUAAAUUGUCCAAGACAUGACACUGACUUUGUAUGGAAGCAAAGGUUAGGAGAUAUGGUUUCAAAACGAACCACGUCAGGAGGUACAAGAACGGCGUUGCACUCAACCUUUCGGGUAUUGCUCAACUAUGAAUGUGAUAGUGAGGUUCCUUUUGGUAACCAAGCAGAUUUCAGGGGGGGGUCCAGCGCUCCCGUGGCCCCCCCGUAGCUCCGCCUGUGUCGUCCCAUGACUUCAGUUCUACCCUUCUGGCACCAGACCCUGAGAGUGAGGUCCAGCCCAGAUUCGGUCUCAACAAAUGUAAAACCAUUGUAAGCAACUGUAACGGUCCUUGAGCCUUUCUCAAGGCCAGUGUUAACUAAACUUUCUGGGGGAACGCCAUUUCAUCUCACCACUGUUUACUUUUGAACAAAAACUGAAAUGGAAGAGUUCAACAGAUGUUUCACAUAAAUUACAGCCAAUUAUGCUGUCCAUCCAAAAGAGUGUAACCAAAGCCAGAGCAUGAGAUUUAGCCAUAUCUCCGCUCCCUGUGUAGCAGAUAAUGAUAUGUUGUUGCAAACAUGGAGCAUCCACACCCAAUGUCUGCAGCCAAAAACCUUGUAAUUUCUGCCAUCUGAGUUUUGGUCAGGAGAAAUGUAGGCUAGAGCCCCCCACGCUACAACCCUGAGACACACUGAAGACGUCAUAUGGUUCUCUUGGUUGGCUUUCUGCUUUGGGGGGGUCCUUGGAACGUAUAGCGAUGGAUGACGCACGGAUGAUAGAAAUUAAAGCUAGACAGAAAAAAAAAAAAGAGUGGCAUGAUAGUAUCCUGUGGCUUAAGAGAACUUUGUUUGUGGAGCAAGUUCAAGUUGAUGGGAGUUGCAUGAUUUGGAUGGACAGAGCGAUCUGCAGGCUGCACUGUUAACUUUUACAUGUAGCAAGAGAGAAGUGAGUAUUUUGUUGAGCACAUGAUGAGAAAACAUUUUGUAGUUCUAUCUUUUGUAAAUACUGUAUGUAGUUACUGGUGAGCUCGUCAAAACUGUUUUUAAUGUAAAAUUCUUAAGUUAUGUCAGUUUCUACGUGUGCACUGAAUAAACUAUUUGUUUUGAAAUGUCUACAUGUUGCGCGAGUGAACGAGUCGAGCAUUGUUUUUGGAAACGAGGUUUUCAAUGUGGAAAAAUUGCAGUUAUGUAAAAACAUGCCAGACACAAUAGAUGAAAAUUAAUGUACUAAAUGUGUGUACAAUAUACAGUUUGUACAUCUGCUCACUAACUCCUUUAAAGAUGUUUUAAUUCCUACCUCUCUAAACAGUUGUCAACAUUUCCACCACCUACCACGCAAAGAUUGUACUAUACACUCUGGUCCGUAAAAACCAUGAACUCAUCUGUUUAAAUACUGUACAUGUAUUUUAGUAACAUUGACAGUGUGGAUACCACAAGCUCAAAGUCUGCAAUAUUAAAAUGGUUUUUUUUUUUACUUA